UCUACACAUUCAGCAUGUCUGGGACCCUCAUAUCAUCCCUCGCUUGGGUUCCUCGAGGGAAAGCCUCUCUAGAGCCCAAGAAGUAUACUCUGGACGAAAAUGAGCUGCAGCGAGUCGGGAAGCUCGGUGGACCAGGCGCUCUCGAAAAACUGCGCGAGGAAAUGGCAGGAUUAGACAUGGACGGGGAUGAUUGGGAGGAUGUCGACGACGGUACAUCUAGCUCAGGAGCCUCUGGAGACGUCCCCAUGGACACUGAGGACAUGUCUGCGUUCAAGAUGGACGAGUACGACAAGGAAGAGUCCACAGGUGUCGCUAUGGGAGCAUUUGCCAACGUCAAGGGGCUGACGUUUUACCGAGACAAUGAAGAGGAUCCAUACAUUACGCUGAAAGAGGACGAGGACGACACUGAAGAGCUCGCUCUGAGACCGACAGACGCCAUGAUUAUCACUGCCCGAACGACCUCUGAUCUAUCUUCUCUCGACUUUCACGUGUAUGACGACCCCAACGAAAACCUCUUUGUACAUCACGAUCUCAUGCUCCCAUCCUUUCCCCUAUGCGUCGAGUGGCUCGACUUUGACUCUUCCGCCCCAUCCAGCAGCAGCAACAGCGUUGCCGUCGGAGGUUUUGACCCCACAAUUGAGAUAUGGGAUGCGGACAUGGUGGAUGGAUUGUACCCGAAUGCCAUCCUCGGACCAGCUCCUGGUACUGAACGCGAUCUCAAGCCGAAAGGAACGGGCAAGAAGAAACGGAAACAGGUCCAAUCAGAGCCAGAUUAUCAUACCGAUGCCGUGAUUGCACUAUCUUGGACACCGAAUCAUCGUCAUCUUUUGCUGUCAGGAUCUGCGGACGCGACCAUCAAGCUCUGGGAUCUGUCUCGUGAAUCGCCCAUGGCGGCCACAAAGAGUUGGGACAAGAUUCACAAGGGUGAAAAAGUCCAAGCGGUCGAGUGGAAUCGCUCGAGCACGUUGGACAAGGCGGUUCUCAGUGCGGGAUACGACAGAAUGGUUCAGGUGUGGGAUAGUCGUGCGCCCGAUCAAGGUGUGGGUACAAAUGUUGGUUGUGAUGUGGAGGCGGUUCGGUGGGACCCGCAUGAGCCUACGGCAUUCUUCGUGUCGCUGGAAAACGGCCUGAUACUCGCCUAUGACUCGCGAAACCUCGAGCGGCCAAAAUACAGGCUGUCCGCACACGAAUCUGGCGCCUCUGGAUUGGAUAUUAACCCUCAUAUCCGAGGCUGCAUAGCCACGGGCGGCAUGGACAAGCUGGUCAAAGUGUGGAAUGUUUCCGACGAGGAGACCGAUGGCGUUCAGGGCAGGAAGCGAGAAAUCAGCCUGGUGACCAGUCGCGAUCUCGGAGUGGGCAAAGUGUUCACGACUCGGUGGUGUCCGGAUCCCGAGACGCCACUCACUCUCGCCGCCGCUGGGUCCAAGGCGGCAUUGCAGAUUUGGGAUGUAGCUUCCAACCCGGGAGCUAGGAAAGCCUUUGGAGAGAGAUUGAAGCGCCAUGGACGAUCUCUAGGGGAGAUUAAGCAGAGUGGAGGUGUCGUAGGGGUCGAUGAAGAUAGCGAAGACGAGGAAUGAAAUUUUUAUUAUUAGG